UUCUUUGGAAAUACCCACUUCCAAAAAGAAUAGAGAAAGACUCCUUUUUUAAUUCUGUCAGUGUCGACUCGUCUCGCUGGGUUAGGGUUGGGGUUUUUAUUUCGUUCUCGGAAAAUUUCUAGGGUUAGGGUUCCGGUGUUGCAGCAAUGGCGACGGUGGGGCAGCAGCAGCAGGGAGAAGGGGCGGCGAAGCCGGCGUUGAGAAAGCCGGUGUUCACGAAGGUAGACCAGCUGAAGCCGGGGACGAGCGGCCAUACACUCACGGUUAAGGUCGUGAGCUCCGAGACGGUCCUCCAGAAAGGCCGCGCCGCCUCCGCCUACCUCCGCCAGACCCGGAUCGCCGAGUGUGUCGUUGGCGAUGAGACUGGCACCAUCGUCUUCACUGCCCGUAACGAUCAGGGCACGAACGUGUCACCUUGCCUCAUCAAUAGAUCCUUCUUUUACCCUGGUCAUUGUUGCGAACGUUGGAGGCCUGCAAUCUUUUGUGUUUACUGGAAUUCUGUUUAGAGUUUAUAGUGAGAAGAAAAAUGUAUGGAUGUGGAUGCUAUGCCUUUAUUGUCAACAGAUGAUCUACCAUUUCUGAUCUUCCAAAAGAGAAAAGAGAAAUCAAAGAACUUGGAGGUGUUACUUCGUGGUGAGCAGACAUGCAUUAUUGCCUAUUUGCAGGUCUAAAUUUGGGUUCCAGGGACGAUUAAGUUUUGGGAACAUGGAAAUUCGAUCAGAUAAGAAAAACAAAAUAAUUGAUCAAAGUUAUCUACAAGUUUGUGUGAAGUCUGACUAUUUAGUAUAUCAUGAGCUGGUGUACCCUUGUUGAGCUGCAAUCAGAAUUACAUUGAAUGGCUAAUGUUGUAAACACGUGGAACUGAUUCUGAUAACAAAUAUAUGAACUCCAAUCUAAUCAAUGACACACAAUAUUUGUCUAAUCUUUUUUAUUUUUUUAAUUUUUUUUAUAGAUCUAAUCAAUCUAGUUUAGCCUAAAAAUCAAAAUUUUUAUUUAAACAAACUGACUUCAAGAUGUUAGAUAGCUCCUUAACAUUUUUGGUUUGUUAGGUUUGAGAUUUUUUUAACAUUAUAGUAUGUGCUCCUGGUUGAUUGAAUAAUUCAUAACUUGAUAAUCUGUCACUAUGAAUUUCUUAAUGGCCCAUAAAUUGGUUUUCUUUGAUAUGUCUAUGCGUGCGCACACACACAACUUGUCAAAAAAGGCCAUGUAUGUUUAUACUGCAGCUCUGGUGAACCUCAGUAACCUAAUACAAAUUGUUCCUCUUGUUUGGUGUGCAUGGUUCCUGAUUACUUUUGUUUAUAUGCUUUUGAGGGAUAUGCUUCUUGUAACUUCUGUACAAACAAUUUCAUUGCUCCUUGCAUGACUGCUGAAAAGUAAAGAACAUUUUGCAUUUGACAACUUUCAGCCCUACACUAAAUUAUCAGUUUUUUACAUAUAAUGGAAAUGUCUAAGUAGCUACUGUAUGCAGCAGUUAAAUGGCAAGGGAUACAUUAUAGGUAUUGACUUGUAUAAUAUAGUUCAUUAAGGUCAGCCGUGAAUCUUUUUUAUUCUGCAUAGAAACUCCCAAGAAAUGCUGAUGAAUAUUAAUUAGCUAUAGAAAUUACUAUACCUGCACAUUUUUUUUUAUCCUAAAUAUUCAAAUAUUAUGGAUACACUUGCAUGCAUACAGGAGAGAUGUGCAUGGCCACACAAUUUUGAUUUGGUGUUCUCAAUUAAAGUCUCCAAAUAAAUAUUCAAUCUAGUUUAUGCAGGUAGUUUCAAUUCACCUAUGUGAAACAAAAUGGUUGAGCAGGUGAAAUUUGAAGCUACUUGAUUUUCAAAAAGUUUUGUUAAAACCUGUACUUUUUCAUUUUAUCAAUGAUGCAUGUUUCUAGGAAUGGUAAUUUUUAAACUGAACCUAAGAACUCACACAAGCUAGCCUCAAUAAUUAGGUCUAGAUGAAGAUUUUUCAUUAUCAUGUUGGUUUUGCCAACUGAACUAUGGUUAGAGGGGGAAGAAAUUAUAUAAUUCAAGUGUGAGGGGUAGUCUGAGAGGCACACUCCAUGCUUCUCUCUUGCAACAAGGUUUUGAUCCCUUAUCCCCCCCUCCUCCUCCCUCCCUCUCUCUCUCUCUCUCUCUCUCUCACGCACACACACACACACAAAUUUCACCUCUUCUAAUUCUCCUAGUGAUAUCUCUUUUUUCUUUUCCCCCUUUCUUAUAAGUUCUCGUCUUUUCUCUCCUCUUUCCUGUUUGUCUUCUCCUUUUCUGUUACAGCAACUGCUAGAACUGCCAGUAGAAGUGCUCUCUUCCAGUCUUACUUUCCCUGUUAAUUAUGAUUCUCUCUGUUUUCCUUCAUAAACUCUAACAGCCAACACUGGCAGUCUGCCUUUUGUUUUUCUCCUGUGUCUCCUGUUUUCUUUCUUGCUUUCUAUUUGCUGGCAGCUGCAAAGAUAACCAGCAAUUUUUCUUUCCCAUCUUCUUUUCUAUCCCCUUUAUAGUUUAUGUUCAUAUUUUUCUU